GCUGGGAUCGCGCCUCUCCUCCCGCCUCCCGUCGUGCCCCGGGCGCGCCUGAAUGGGGCAGACACAAGAUGGCGGCGAACGCGAACCCCGCCGGUGGCGGAGGCCUCUCGCUCUUCGAGUGCCCCAGCUGGGCAGGGAAGCCACCACCUGGCUUACAUCUGGAUGUGGUCAAAGGAGACAAACUCAUUGAGAAACUCAUCAUUGAUGAGAAGAAAUACUAUCUCUUUGGGAGAAAUCCUGAUCUGUGCGAUUUUACCAUUGACCACCAGUCUUGCUCUCGGGUCCAUGCUGCCUUGGUCUAUCACAAACAUCUCAAGAGGGUUUUCCUCAUAGAUCUAAACAGCACACAUGGCACAUUCUUGGGUCAUAUCCGUUUGGAACCUCACAAACCCCAACAGAUACCCAUUGACUCCACGGUUUCAUUUGGUGCUUCUACACGGGCAUACACGCUGCGGGAGAAGCCUCAGACGCUUCCAUCGGCAGUUAAGGGAGAUGAGAAAAUGGGCAGCGAAGAUGAAGAGCUCAAGGGCUUGCUGGGCCUGCCAGAGGAGGAGACAGAACUUGACAACCUGACAGAGUUUAAUACGGCCCACAACAAAAGAAUUUCCACACUAACCAUUGAGGAAGGGAACUUGGAUAUUCAGAGACCAAAGAGAAAACGGAAGAACUCCAGAGUGACAUUCAGUGAUGACGAUGAAAUCAUCAAUCCGGAGGAUGUGGACCCUUCUGUUGGACGUUUCAGGAACAUGGUACAGACAGCAGUAGUCCCUGUUAAGAAGAAGCGGUUGGAGAACGCAGGCUCCCUGACCACAGAUGAUUCUGCAUCACGACGGAUGCAAAACUUCCCCUACAGCGGAGGAUUGUACGGGGGUCUACCUCCAACCCACAAUGAGGCAGGGUCCCAGUCGCACGGUGGCCAUGGGACAGCACUCAUUGGUGGCCUGCCAAUGCCCUACCCCAAUCUCGCUCCAGAUGUGGACUUGACUCCUGUUGCGCCCUCAACAGUCAACAUGAACCCAGCUCCAAACCCUGCUGUCUUUAAUCCCGAAGCUGUGAAUGAACCCAAGAAGAAGAAAUAUGCAAAGGAGGCAUGGCCAGGCAAGAAGCCAACCCCUUCCCUGCUGAUCUGAGCCCGAGUUUGUGGAGUGAGGGUGGGAGUCACGAACUCCAGAAACUGUUGCUGUGCAGUAUCGUCUUUUUAAGAUUUCAGUGUCCUAACCAGAUGUAAUACCAAGAUUGAAGAAGUGAAACAUCCUUUAAAGAUCUGUCUUCAAACGUUUUUAUAUGUCUGUUAAAGGAAAAAAAAGAAUUACAGCUCCCAUCUCCUUUUGAACAAAAAUAUCUGGCAGCCUUUUCUUCGCCAUUACUGUCCCCAGAGGUCUUUACUCGGUUUUGAUCCAGAGGUUGAAGGGGCAGCAUCACACAACUUUAUUCUCAUUUAUGGCAUGACCCUGCAAAUCCAUGUUUGGAGGCGGUGUGCUCACUACAAGUCAUGUUGUUGCCACUGGACUUGCACGUAGCAGGUCAGCUCUGUCAGAAGUGAAUGGUUGUGGGGCCAAGCCUUUCAAAAUCUCAUUAACAGGAGUUCUAAAACUUGCAAAAUAUAGGUCAGCUUUUCUUUUGUACAUUUUCCAAACCCACCAAUGUGUGGGACAUUGUUGGGGGUUUUUUUGUAUUACUUUAGUUUGGCUACAGCUUUGGGGUUUUUUCCACCUCAAACACUACAGCAUCCCAUUAGUUCAUGAGGACAUGGAGUUAAUGGACAAAAAUAGAUGGGUUUCCCAAGCUGUGGCCCAGUAUUUGGAGGACUAAAGGGGUGCACAUGUGGGUGGAUGGGAGCUUGUGUUGGUGCUACCGGGCAUGGGAAGCCUCAGAGCGUUUGAAAGGUGGGUAGGCACUGCCUAUAAAUAACCAAGUCAGGUUGAUCUCACUCCCUGUGAUCACUUAAGGUGGAGUUAACCCAGAGGAAACCAGUUCCUUUUGAACUUGGUGGCCCUUUUAACUUAGAUAGUUCCAUUUGUAUUUGCAAAUGGAAGUUGUGAGCUUAGAGCAUGUGUGAGAUGCAACAAGAGACACAGAAAAAUGACCAACCAUCAGCGUGUUUAACAGCUAAAACCACAAUCUGCUGGUUUGGCCACAUCCCUUGGUUCAAGGGAUGAGAACACAGUGCUGCUUAGAGCUAGAAUAUCAGUUCUGAGUAGAGAAUCUGCCUCACCUUGAAUAAAGCACUGCACGAGUUGGUUUUAUCAUA